CUGCAGGCUGCGAGUCUUGACUAAUGCACUGUUCAGAGGGAAGGAUGCUUACUGAUUGGCUGAUUGCAUCGCAUACUGCUGCCCCUCACUCUUGAGCACACACACUCAUACAGACAGGCACAAGGCCUAUGCAAACGGUGGAGUGUUGUUAUUAUGUGUCUGACACAGAUCGGAGGAGCACCGUCGCCGUCACCAGAGCUCAGCUCAACUACCUGAAUACAUUAAUACCGGCAAGCUCCUCAGUGCUGGGUAUUUUUCCAUACAUUGACAGUCCAAGUCUUCAGCCAUCUACACCGGGCUAGCACGACGGCACAGAAUCUCUGGUUGUGGUGGGAUAGGUCAUGCUGUGGCUCUCCCACUAGACCGCCUCGUUAGCAAGCCGCUAGAUGUUGCCACCCUCCUGUAGCUGUUGGAACUCGAACCACAACAAAUGUUGAAAUUUCUCGGCAGGACUGCCCACCAAACAUUCCCUGGCCUGCGGGUGAGAAGCGGUAUUUGCAUUUAGACAAGCAAUCAAGGCGGACCAAUUGGAGUGCCUAGUCAAACACUUCAGCAACACCACCAUCUCUGGCACUUGACUUCAACGAUACAUCUUAUCAGUUUUCAACUCGUCCGUUCUCUAGAUGUGAAAAUUUUCAGUAAUUCCUUCUGACAGGAUUUUAAGGAUUACACACCAGCAGCCAUGGCUUCUGAAUUUCUGAGACGUUUGUUGAAGCGAGGGUCCGAGUCUUCGCAGAGACCCAAAGUCGAUGUCCAUGCUCUGUACACAAACUGCCAAAUGAGUCGCGUGUUGAUGGAAGGUCAGCUCUCUGUACAUGAACCAUGGCGCAGGCACAAGAAGAAGCCCAAGAGCGUUCACAUGGUGCUCUACACCAAUGAUUCUAGCCCAUUUCUUGUGUGGUACGGAGAAAGAGCCAGGAAGAAGGCGCGAGGAUUCUGCAACAUCCAAGGUGGGAAGAUCGCGCCGAUUGGGGAAUAUAGCUUCCAGAUUGUGUUCAGUGGGAAAAAUAACCAAGUGUACAAAUUCAACACGGAAUGCUGGGAUACUCGUGAGGAGUGGUUAUAUGCAUUAAGGGACGAGAGCAGACGUGAGACGGCCAUGCCGGAACUCUCUAACGUCACGCCUUCACUGAUGGAGAGCAAAGACGACAUUGCCAUAACGCAUCAAACUCAGCCUCAGCGACCACCAUGGAAAGGGCAUCGUAGAACUCUAAGCGCUGGUUCACCGUCGCCGCAGCUUGAUCGCUGUCAGGUCUCUCUCCAACGAUCGAGAAGUCAACCCCACAUUCAAAAAGGAAAGUUGAUCCGAAAGCGCGCGACUGUGUUGAACUCCUCCAAACCCAAACCGACGUUGGGCCAGUCGAUCCAGGGACAAAAAGUCUUUGUGCGAUCACCAGAAGUUUGUCGCAGCUGAGGCUAGUGCACAUGUGGCACGCUUCCAAGGCAUUCUAAACUAUCCAGCAGUUUCAAGCUGACAGCAUUUUUAUAUAUUUUUUUUCAAUGUCACAUUGUCAUUAAUUGCAAAGUAAUAUUCUGUUAAUGUUUAUUUCAUUUGAACACUCGCAAAAGAAGCGUACUGCAAAUGUUUUGUUGUAAAGCAGUUACAAUUGAGAGCACCAAAUGCAAUGCUGUUAUGAUUAUCAUGCAUGAAAUGCCAAUUUUGUUAUAAAUUAAAUUGAUUUUGCAUGUUUAUGUUUAUACUUCAAAAGUUUCAUUCCUUCUUUUUAUAUUUCGUAAAAAUUUGCAAAAUAUGCAAAUAAUCCCCCUUCUGGCUUUUCAUAUCAGUGUCUUACUGAUAUGAAGACAACUAAUAAGUUACUUGUAGUAACAUUCAUCAGAAAAAAUUGAAUUUUUAACUCCCUGUUAUAAAGUUUUUGAUUUUUUGUUUGGUACUUUAAAAUAAAGAAAAGAGAUUUAUCUAUAGUACUAUAAGAUACCGGCCAUUCUUAGCAAUUUAUUAUUUAAGAGUGUGAGGUACCUUUAUAACAGAAAGUAAAUGAGACCAAAUUUUUUUAUUUGUGUUAUAAGUUACAAGGUUAUCCAGAAAAAAAAAUGGUGCCUUAUCUUUAUAAUCAAUUAUUGGCAUGUACUCUCCAAAAUAUUCAGUGUAAGAUAUUUUGUAUCAUCAUUAAUCGAUAUUCUAUCAAUAUUGUAUGAAACAUGGAGGAUAAUCAAACCUUGAAGAAGUGUAUCUCAAAUUGAUAUGAAAUUUAUAUCCCUUUUUUCAUAUUCCUUAUUUUAUUAGUAGAAAGAAACAAUAAAAAUGCAUCAACAAAUUAUCGUCAUGUACAUGUAUAAAAUCAAAAUUUGUGGAAAUUUUUCUAAAAAAUAUUUUGGUUUGGAAUAUGUAAAACAGUACUUUUGGCUUGUGUGCAUAAAUCCCUGAUAAUGUUAUAUGCACAUGUGUGAUGCGCAGUUCUGAUGAUAAUGUUUUGUCAUUUCAACUUCCCAGUUCCUGUUUUUAUUUUUAUUUUUGGUUAGCUUAUCUGUCAAGAUACCAACAGGCUAUUAGUUUAUUAAUUAUUGAUACUGAUGUAACAGAUUCACUGUUUUUGAAAUGUAUAACUAUCAAUUCUUUUAAAUCAUUUCCUCUUCCUGUUAAUAAUAAUCCACUCAAAGAAGACAAAUUUAUUUGGGUUUUUCCAGGUACAUAUUUUCUAGUACUCAUGACUGAUAUGAAGCCUACAUGUAUGCCUGAUACACUCGGCCAUUGUAUCAUUACAUAAUUCUCAUACAACAUCGUCCUCGAUUUGCCAUUUCUAGCCAUUUGAUUGUAAGAAAUGCAGACUCUUUAAACAACAUUUUUGAAAGCGUCUGUGGUUUUUGGAAAUUGAGAUGAGUCAAAGCUGCCGGAUGCUGGGAAUUGUACAUGUAGUUACUGCAUGAAGGUUUUGAAGAGAAGAAAAAAAUUGGAAAGGUCUACUCCCCCUUUUUUCCUCUUUUCCUCUUUUCCUCUUUUUGGUAGGAAAUCCUUCACCCAUGCACAUGAGGUUUGAGUUCCUGAGAUAUGCAGACUUCAAUAUUAGCGUAGGCACACAUGUACAUAUAUGGAGUGUUUUUACUUUAAUUCGGGCCUAAUACAGUCAGUAUAUAAAUUCAUGUACAUGUAGAUCAGCAAAGUUAACGUACAUCUAAAUAUGUAGGCCUACAUGUAUAUUUCAGUUUCAUAACAAAAGCUACAUGUAUAUGUAGCCAUCGGCCCUAUGUACUUCAUGUUGAGUUGCACUUGUUCUGUUGUACAUUCUCAUCGUCCCAGGCCUAGAUAUAUUUCAAAUUCAGUUCAGGUUGACCUGUAAUUAUGCAAAUUUGUUAAUUUCAUCCAUAUUUUGUACGUUUUGGGACAUAAGUGCUCAAAUUGCACCAUAUCUUGUGCAUAUUUCAAAUGCAAUGUGCAUAUGGUAGCUGGUAACUGUAAUUCAAACACCGUCCCUGGCUGGCUUUGUUGUGUACGCCUAGUGUGUACACAGUGUCGAGUCUGUAUUGUUGGAUCUCGCCUCUGCUCCAGUAGGGGGGCGGGUCUGGACAAAGACACUGGGAGAAAGACGGUAUUCAUGCUUUAGCUGGAAAUACCUAUUACAGCAUGCCUACAUGUACAUACAUUCACAUGUUUGUGUGGUGAAGUGUGCACAAAUUAUUUCUUUUUCAAACAAUCCAAGGCCACACAUGUUUGUUUUUUAAAUCUUUUAAAUCAUCUAUGAUUGAAUUGAAGCAUGACAGACUAGACAGAUAAAUCUCUAAUUUCACUAUCCACAUGUCUACAUUUGAAAUGAAAAGAUCGAGAAUCCUGUUCGUGUGUGUCCAUGUGUGGAAGCAAAAUAUUGAUACCCUUUUAUCUGUACGCAUGUGCAUCCUCUGCAAAAGUUGAGGAAACAUGACGAAUGUCGCAUGUGCUUGGUGUUUAAUCCUUGCAAUCCCCUGGUUAGUACUCAAAAUCUGGCACGACUCCAUCAAAAGCAGACAUUUGCUCAGAGACCUUGCACAUAUGUUCCUUCCCCGCAACAACCUGCGGGUAAUUUUAGCAGAGCACAUUUCAUUGUAUGCAAAUAGAAUGUUCUAAGCAGCACAGACUCACACACAGAGCCACUUUCAGACUGCAGGGCAUCGUGCCUGCACUUGCACGUUCGUAAAUCUUCGAAUUCGUAGUUAAAAUCUGGUUUUGUCACCAAUUGCUACUUCAGGUGUCCUUACUACAUGUAAAUAACUUGAUCUGUUCCAUGUUGGGGUGCUAUUUCUCAUGAUUAUUUCUCUUGUAAGGAAGGAAAUGCAAUGAAAUAUAUUUUGUUAAUGUCAGUGUGAACAGUAUGACAUAUGAGGUCAAAGGAGGCAUACUGUAUGGGAUUCAUUCCCGGACAAACUUUCCAGCAAACUUUGUGUCAUCCUCCAUUCCUCCCCCCCCCCCCAUGACUCUGUACAGAGUACCAUAGAUUUGAAAGAUCUCUGAAGUUCAAACAUGAAUGUUCGUGAAGGAAAGGAAGCUCUAAAAAUAAGACACUCGACUCGCAAGAGGUUAGAGAGGAUUAUCAUUUCCGCUCUUAUCAAAAAUUCCAAAUUGAAACAGGCAUUUUGACAUGUUUCCGUUGACAGUGGGAUAAAAACGGCUUAUAAUCCACUUGGGGUUUUUGUUAUUUCUCUGUGAAAAAUGGAAAGUGUGUUAAAUUUCAAACUUUUCUUACUCCGCUGGCUAGAAGUCUACAUGAAAAUGUCUGAAUUUCGUUGAAAUAUUGACUUGAUCACUAUUUCACUGUUCAUGUUUGUAAACUCACUGGCAAAAUUAGCAAUGGGAGAUAAAAUCAUUGCCCUUGAAGGGUAAUUCAAUAUAUUUAGCUAUUUUUACAAUAAUCUGAAUCAAAUCCUAUUUUGGAGUGAGAGCGAUUAUCGUUAUUGAGUUCUGAAGAAUAUUGUUCCUCUUUUAAGCUCUUUGUUGAUUUGUGCAUCUAGUUCAAGUUCACAUUGUAUUUUGAGUGCUGCCUUGUGCAUGCCCCGUUGCGAUCUUAAAGAUGAUCUCUCUUGGGUAUAGCAGUAAUUCUAUUUCCAGGCAUUCUGUACCUAAAAUAUCAGGCCUCGUUGUGCCUAGCCAUACUUCAUCUAAGCGUCUCUAAUCCUACCGAAUUGUAAUCUAAUAUUGCAUUCCACCGGAGAGGAUAGGACAGUAGAAUGUGGAGGCAUGCCCUGGUUUUUUUCGUACUUGUUCAUUUGAAUUUCAUGUGCAUGCUAACUUCACAGGGCUUUUUGGCAGCGGUAUCCCACGUUUUGGUCGUUGGCAAGUGAAUGGGAAUUGAUGUUCCAUGUUGCUAUGUUGUCGGCUGGCUACGUGGUUAACCGCACGGGGAAGCGAGACAGGAUGGAAAUGGCAGAUUUAGUGGCAACCUAGGCCAACGUGAGAUCACGAAAUGCAGUUUCCUGAAGUCGCUGAUUAGGAGCGGCUCUGGGUUCUUUCCUCUCUGUCUUCCCUCCCCCUCCCCCUCUUUCUGUCCGUCUCUUUCUCCCAUUCUCUCUCCCUUUCUAUCUCUAUCUCUCUCCUUUUUUCCUUUCAUCUAAUGUAGUGUCCCCAUCGACACCCUCGUAUCCCGAAUGUGUCUUCAGAGAUUUUUUGUGUUUUGUAUCCACGUACUUAUGGCACUCUACCACUUUCACUGUUGUGAAAAACCCCACCACAGACAUUCAGGUCCGUUCAUUGGGGGAUUUGCUCAUGUUAUUGAUUCUUUUCAGACAAGACAGUGGAAACAGGCCCUAAUUGGUUGCAGCAUUCCAGUGCUGAAGUUCUGAGCAAUUUGCGAAUAGUGUUUGUUUGUACACACAACUUAACAGCAUACUAAUUUACCAGGAUAUGCUAGAAUGUAAUUACGAGCGUUUCCGUGCCACUUCUAAGCAUUAUAAUUACUCUGGAUGCUUUCCAGUUGGAAACGCUGUCAAUCAAAUUGUAGUUUUUCCAGUGGAACUCUCUUGGUAUACAUGUACUCACCGAAUUUGCAAAGAAGAUCGAAUGGGAAUGAUUUAUAUAUUGAAGCUGGCAAGCCCGGUAUGCAAGUAUUAAUAUGAAAAUGCUUGAUUGCAUUGCAGCAUAUGAAUAUGAAUAUGCUUGUGAUGUUGGGCUGGUUCUGAAAUGUGAAGAAUAGCUAGAGAUGGAAGGAUGAUGAAAGCCAAGGGGCUGUAAUACAUGAAUAUGUACAAUUUUGUCUUCUUAUUAGUAGUGCAUGUUUGAAUCUCAUUUCCGAUCCACUCCAGACAAGUCUUUCAUGAAACAAAUUGCAGUGAUUUUAUCCAAGGAAUUUGCUCUGAGCCCAUCGAACGCAAGGAUUUUGGUAGCUUAUAACAGUAGUCGGUGAAAAUCACUUACUAUUUCUUUCAUGAAACGCUUCACAGAUCCUCCUGUCUGCAAGCCAGUCACAGGAGCCAGGCCAGACAAUUGAAAUUCGUAAUCCUUGUCGUGAUCUUUAAGAAAGUCGUGUGAAAUAUGGAGCCUCUAAAGCAUUCAUUGACCGAAUUUCACUGGAAAAGUCAAUGAUCUGUAUCCAUUCAAUUGACCACGUUUCAACCCACGCAAAUGACUCAAUGUGUGGGACCAGUAGAAAUAAUCUGCAUAGUUUGCAUACUCUAGAGGCUCAAUCCUGAUAGUAAUAGAUUAUAAACUAAGUGCCCAUCAGAUAUCAGCGUCAAGACUCUUUCCCCGCUUUCAAGUCUAGCAGUUGAUUAAUAGAAAGCAUCAAUUAACUCUAUGUUCCAUCUGCCUUGAUAAUAUCACACUUACAGGGGUAGACAUGCAGUAUCUGUUCUUGUUUUCAUGUAUGUUGGCAGCUUGGACAACUCAACAGUAGCCUAGGCCGAGCUUCAAAAUGACUCUUUGUAAAAGUGAAAGUAUGAAUUAUACCCUCUGGAAAAACCCCAAGAUAUGUCUGAAGUUUGAGUGGAUAGUAUUAACAUCGAGCCCUUCAUAUUCUUUUUUUUUCAAUGACCACCCAAUCAUACCAAAAGUAUGUACCGGUACUCUGACUUUGUUAUCAUCUUGCCUCUUGUAUUGUAACAAAAAAAUUAUUUCAAUCAUAUUUGAUUACAUUCUUGUAGCCUAUGGUAAUGUUCAACAAUUUAUAAGCACAUAGUGGCCAUAUUCAUUUGUUAUAUCUCAAAUCAUUCUUUGAAAAAUGUUAACUUGUUAAUACUUUUUUUGUGGGAAUUUGUGUUGAGGGCUUCAAGAAUCAACCAAACACAAGGGAUUCUUGUAUGGGGAGCGUCACGUUCACGUGUAUGCCUGUAGAACUAUGCAUGUGGCAUUUAAAUCAUCUAAAAAGCUACCGACAACUCCCUUUAUGUUAAUAUUCUUGUUUUGGUCUGACUCUGAGUAAAUCAAUCAUUGCUUUCUUGGCUUUGAUACGUUAAGAUGGAACACAAAUGAAUUUGGCAGAUGAGGGGUUAACGUUUGAACUUGUCCUAUGACCCGUUCCCAUGUGGCUUUCUCAUACAGCCAACAAAGACUCCUUUCAUUCCAGUAAGUGGGUUUUAAUGCAUGCAUCAUACCAGGUUAUUCACUUUGCGUUAUGAAGAAAAAUGAGAACAGGUGCCAUAUGAGAAAGGGUCUAAUGAGUUUGUGACCCCCUUUCCCACUCUGACUUUGACUUUUGUCCAUCUUCCAGAACACAUUUCUACACAUGCUUUUGGAGACUAUUAUACUGUAUCCAUUAUGAACAAACGAAUCACAAAAUCUUGCCAAAUGUAUUUAUUUAAUGUUUUUUUGUAAGGGGUAUCAUUUUCAUUGAUUUGUUUUUGAUUUAUUAAGUUGUGACAGUUGUCUGUCUUAUUGACAUACUGGGAGGUGUAAUCCUCUAUUAUUUUAUUUCAUCAUGUGGCGUUAACACUCACUUCCAACAGUCGACCAUAUUGAUUCAUACUGCUAUUUGCUCUUGUUUAGGGCUAAGCAUGAACAGAACAUUCCUAGAUCAAGUAAAACCUUCUGAGAUUGCUCAUUUUAAAUAUUCUGUGUUGAAAUUUUAUCUGAAACACAUUUAAGUAACAUUACAGAAAUGUGCAAUUAUGUUGAUAUCAGAAGGUGUUUCACUUUAUGGACCAUGCAAAAUGUUCAACACGUUUUGGAGGUGGGAAAACGACUCUGGCGGAGGGAUGUAAUAAUGUCAGGCUGAGAGGGAGAAGUGUGAAGGGAAAACAGGUGCGGCCCUUCAACCCCUCUUCCUCCUAGUAUUUCAACAAGGUUCCAGACACGAGUUAGACAGAUCGAAAUAGACUUUAAUUAAUGUGCGUGCUGUACAUCAGUGUUGUAGCAAUCAGUCUAUAGGGGGCAUCUUCUAUCUCUCUCACCCUAACUCUCUCUCUUUCUCCAUCUGUCUCCCUCUCCUUUUUUUUAAUCCCCCCUCUUCAAGUUUAUUACAGUACACCUAUCGCAUCACAGUCUGCAAUUUCAAUGACAUGCAAUGUGCAAAGGAUGCACUCAAGCAAUGUAGAUAUAAAUAAUUAAGGUGUAAUUGUAUUAUUUGUUCUUUCUCGAAACGAGAAUAUCUGCAUUGUAAGACUGCCUUUGAAGAAAGUGUAUAUAAUCUAUCAUUGAUGAUAUUUUCAAAUUUUCGCAGCGCUUAUGAAUAAAAUCUGCCCAAACGAUUCAGAUUGACUAUUGCCAAUUACACUUAUCUUUGCUUAGAUACAAUUAUCCUAAGCUAAUGUAGCACUGAAAUAUCUAUCGGUCAUUAUUUAUUUACAUUACUCCUGUAUAAUGAUUAUUAGAAGCUGCAGAGUGCUUGGGAUUUACAUUUGUAUCCCAAUUUGCUUCUUUAACAAGUAAUGUAAAUGCUUCAUUAACUUAACUUCAUAUUCCAAUUGAUCUGAGAAAAGAUUUCUUAAUUGGAUUUUUCUGAAUGCUUUUAUAUUUCUGCUCGAGGAAUCAUAUGUUUAUGAAUCUCAAACUUCUUUAAUUGUUGGCGGUAAUCAUUUCUCAUCAAAGAAUUAACUUGACAUAUCCUUUUAGACUCCAUUCUCUUCUUUGUCAGCAUCAUCUAUUACAUAAUCUUUCAAACUCAUUUUGAUUUUUGAGACAGUUUGUUUACCCAGACUGCUGAUUUUUUUUAUAAUGAACAUAUCAGUAUUACAAUGCUCAAGCUUCCCACAUUUUUAUCUGUUUACAGUAUUAAGAAACAAAACAAAGGUGAUGAUUUCUUAUAUGCUGUUGGCAAAAAAUCCAAGAAUUUUCCUGUAAGUCAUAAUAAUCAAUUAAGAUAGGGUUCAUAAGAAGAGGCUUGGGGACGAAAUUAAUUAAUUAAUUUCUUUACGUGUGUGCAUUCUGUCUUACGACAUUUGAAGGACCAACAUGAUUACAUUUUUUUUUUAAAUGAAUAAAUUGUUGUUUUCAUUGCCAUCAUUAUGGUUAAUUGCGAUUCAAAUUCAAUGGAGAGAACACGUAUUGGUUGAGGUCUGGAUAAGUACAAUAAUUUUCUGCCAUUUUUGUUACAGAUUCUUACAGUAUUCACUGUUGACAAUUAGGUCACUCUAAAAUAAGCCACUAAAUAAAGUACUAUCAUCCAUCAGAGUGAAUACAAACUUGUCAGUAAUAUUACUUUCAAUCAUUUUUUUUUUAAAGUAUGUUUUCCUCAAAGGAUUUACAUAUUGUUAAGUACUAAUGUAUUUAAUAACCAACAAGAAAAUUUGGUUUAACAUUAGAACAAAGACGUGUUAUAACACAGAAAGCUCAUGUCACAUUAAGAUUCAAAAUGAAAUUGUAUCCAUUUUAUAGGCAGAUGAUUAUUAAUAAUCCAGCUAUUUAUCAGCAUUUUAAUCAAAUGAAAUCCAAGCAUAAUCAAAUAUUAUACAUCCACUUAUUUGGUCAGUAUAUGCUUUUUGCAUUCAGUUGAGGCAUGAGGUGCUUGCCAUAAUGUUUUGUUUAUUUUGUAUUUACCAAUGUGAAUAUUUUCAACAAAAAAUAUAAAUAAAUAUAUAUAUAUAUAUUUCAGUACAUGUACAGAAUGUAUCAUAAUAUCUGUUAAAAAUGAAAAUAAUGUAUUAUUUGUUCCACCAUGUGAUGUGUUAUGUAUUGGAACCUAUAUGUAAUGUGUACAACAUGAACUCGUAUGUGAAUCAAUUAAAAAAAUUGAAAAAAAA